CCUGACAAAAAAGCCCAACUGCCGAUGCCCCAACGCCUCUCUCUCUCUCGUGUUUCACCUUUGCUGCAGCUCCGCCUGGCGCCUGCACCUGCAAGAGACACCCAUCUCCUUUUUCUAACCAUUGCCCCAUGAUUUUUCCUCCUUUUCUUUCUCUCUUUCAUUCAUCCUCCCCGCCCGCCCGCUGCUAGUUUUCCAGCAGCUUCUCCUUCAGUGGCUUCACUGCAAUCUUUGGCAUAUGCUUGUUGUUCGACCGAAUCCUACUUCUUGCCGUCUGCUUGCUUGAUCUGCCCCUCUGCUUCCUUCUGCCUGCAAUGGCCGGGAGCUUCGACGGGAGGGUGCCAACCAGAGGUGUUGAGCAGGCCAUUGUUGCUCUGAAGAAGGGCGCGCAUCUGCUCAAGUGUGGCAAGAGAGGGAAGCCCAAGUUCUGCCCCUUCAGGCUGUCUUCUGAUGAGAAAACACUGGUGUGGUACUCGAAAGACAGGGAAAAACACCUGAGCUUAAAUUCUGUGUCAACUGUAAUUCUUGGCCAGAAGACUACAAACUUUUAUCGUCAGCGUUGGCCUGAGAAAGAACACCAAUCCUUGUCACUCGUAUACAGAAAUGGCGAGUGCUCACUCGACUUGAUCUGCAGAGACAGAGAUCAAGCUGAGUGCUGGCAUCUUGGCUUGACAGCCUUAAUAUCGGGUCCUUCUAGUCCAUUUUCAUCAGUUGGGUCAAAGAGCAGCAGGCAGAUGACCAGUUGCACAAGUACUCCCCGCAGCUAUAUUCAGCGAAAGAGCAAGCUAUCAGCUGUGCAUGACACACCAAGGCACAAACAGGUAUAUCCAUCUUAUGGGAGUCCUAGGAUGACACAGAAAGAUUUAUUUGGUGGUUACCUUGAUUGUUCGGAAGCAUUAUUUUACCAAAGACAGCGAACAUUUUCGGACGUGGACUCUUACCUGGAGAGGCUUAGUCCCAAGGUGGCAAAUCCAGUUAGACAUAGUUUGAAGGACAUUUUGGUUGCUAACAACAAACACAAGACACAGACAAUUAGUCGAACACCUAAAGUGAAAGCAUUUGAAGGGCCCCGUGCAGCAUGCAGACUGGAUUCUCUGAAGGAUGUUUUUCUCUGGGGCGAUGUUGUUGGCAGUACGUUAGACAGUGAAGAUAUCCCAAAGGCGCUUCCGAGGUUAGUGGGAUCAACCAAGAUGCUUGAUGUACAGAGCAUUGCUUGUGGGGAGAACCAUGCAGCCAUAAUCACCAAGCAAGGGGAGGUCUUCUCCUGGGGCAAGGAGAGUAGCGGGAGACUGGGACACAAAGUAAAUGGCAGCGCCCCGUGUCCUAAAAUGGUCGAGUCUCUUGCCUCUGUACAUGUGAAGGUUGUGGCAUUUGGUUCAAAGCACACCUGUGCAGUCACGGUUUCUGGCGAACUUUUUGAAUGGGGUGAAGGAGCUCAUAGCUUGGGUUUGUUGAAUAAUAACUGGCAUGGAAGGAACCAAUGGUUACCCCACAAAUUGUUUGGUCCCAUGGACAACAUUUCCGUGUCGAAAAUUGCUUGUGGCGAGUGGCACACAGCUAUUAUAACAUCUUCUGGUCAGCUAUUCACAUAUGGGGAUGGAACAUUUGGUGUUCUUGGGCAUGGGGAUACACAAGGAAUUGCUAGGCCAAAAGAAGUAGAGUCCUUGAAAGGGUUACGGGUGAAAUCCGUGGCAUGCGGGCCAUGGCACACAGCUGCCAUUGUUGAAGGAAUGAGCAGUGUCAAGUGCAACGCUCCAAUUGGCAACCUGUUCACAUGGGGAGAUGCAGAUAAAGGGAAGCUGGGUCAUGCUGACAAAAAGAUGAAGCUUGUACCAACAUGCGUCGAUUCACUCAUCAGUCAUGAUUUUCUCCAGGUAUCAUGUGGGAUGGCUCUGACUGUUGUGCUUACUUCUAAUGGGGUGGUAUUUACUAUCGGAAGUUCCAAACAUGGGCAACUAGGGAACCCACAGGCAGAUGGUGAAUCUGUUUGUACUGUUGGAGGAAUACUUAAGAAUGAGUUUGUUACAGAGAUAUCAUCUGGUUCUUCCCACGUAGCCGCGCGGACUAUGAACGGAAAGGUUUUCACCUGGGGUAAAGGUGCGGAUGGACAACUUGGUUUAGGUGACUAUGCCAACAGGAGCUCUCCUACUUUAGUAGAGGCAUUAGAAGGUAGACAAGUUCAGAGUAUAGCUUGUGGCUCCAAUUUUAGUGCUGCAAUCUGUUUGCAUAAGGGUAUCUCAGUGAAGGACCAACCCAUAUGCAGCAGAUGUCAGAUGGUUUUUAAUUUUACUAGAAAGAAACACAACUGUUACAACUGUGGUUCCAUGUUCUGCAACUCCUGCAGCAGUAACAAGACCGCAAACGCAGCACUUGCGCCAGACAGGAACAGAAGGUAUCGUGUCUGCGAUGCGUGUUUCUGUCAACUAGAGAAAGUCUUGUACUCUGGCGAAGUCAAGCCACAGCCAAAGAUCAGCAAAGGAGAAAUGUUUAAAGCAGAAAUAAUGGCAUACACACCUAAGUUGUCACGUUUGUUCAAGGAAGCAAACCUCAUUGUUGAAAAGAUGGCUUCAGUACAAGGUCCCAACCAGAGAAAUAUGGACUCUGCCGUUCCGAUACAAGUGAAAACUCAAAGAUGGGGGCAAGUUGAGUGUCCCACCAAAUUUAUAUCUGCACAAGACAAUUUCAGACAUCAGCUGGUACCAAAUAAUCAGAUGUCUGGUGUCUCUUUUUCCCAAAGAAUGCAUGAUGCUGUAGGGCUGAAGGCUGGAAACCCUUUGCGACAGUCUACUGAUAGCCAGAGAGAUGAAAUGAGUAUGAUGGAAAGAAUACUCACGGAGGAAGUAAAGCAGCUGCGCUCACAGGUCACGGCUCUUGCAGAGCAAUGCCAGCAGAAAGAUCUUAUAGUCAAAGUGUACAAACAAAGACUUGAUGAAACAUGGCUAAUUGUUAGGGAUGAGGCUGCAAAGUGUAAAGCUGCCAAAGAUGUCAUAAAGGUUCUAACUAAUCAGUGUAAUGCCUUGUCAGCGAAACUUUCGGUUGGUCAGCAACCAGAGAACUCAAAGAUGACACGUAAUAGCGUCGCAGAACAAGCACCGUCACCAGGUGCCGCGGUGCCAGCAGAUGGAUCAUUCAGUCACCGGAAUAUCGCCAGAACAUUCGACCGUGAUGGCUACACCACGGAAGCAGAUUCCGUGGAUGCUCCUGUCGACGGUGUGAUCGAGCAGAUUGAGCGAGGGGUGUAUGUGACACUUGCUGUAUCCCCAGGUGGAAGGAAAGACAUAAGGCGGAUAAGAUUCAGUCGGAAGCAUUUUGGCGAGAAGGCAGCUCAGUGCUGGUGGGAAGAGAACAAGAGCAGGGUAUAUGCAAACUACAGCGUUGAGCAAGCGGCGACACCACACCUGAACCGCGCGUAAUGGUGACCGGCAAAAUAAUUGUACAGAGGUAACCGGUGCUACCGCUAUUAACUGACCAAACCAAACAGUCUUCAGCUAGCAGGCCUUAUUGUAGCAUGAAGCUGAUGGAAUUUUGUAAGCUGAUACCAAGUGAUCUGAUCUACCAUUUGCUUUAUACAAUGGGGGGCGGUUAAAACUUA